AUGGCGCAAAAGUGUGUCCGCCAGGGCUGUGGCAAGGAGUUCACCGACGCAGAGGCAGAGUGUCACUAUCACCCCGGCCCACCCAUCUUCCACGAAGGGCAGAAGGGAUGGAAGUGCUGCAAGCCGCGAGUGCUGACUUUUGACGAAUUCAUGAACAUCCCUCCUUGUACGACCGGCACACAUUCAACGACUGAAAGACCUCCCCCGGUGGACGAGAAACCUCCGAUCGACGAGGCUGCCUUGGCACAGAAGAUUUCCGAGGCUAGCGUAUCUGCUCCAGUUCGAUUGCCCAUCCAGCCGGCACAGCACAUUCCUACUCCGCCUCCGCCUCCCCCGGAUUCUGAAGACGACGAUCCGAGCUUGGACAUUCCAGAUGGAGCCGAAUGUCGCCGAAAGGCAUGCAGCGCUAAAUAUAGCAAGGGAGCUGCGAGGGAGGCAGAGCGGUGCGUGCACCACCCCGGCGUCCCAAUCUUCCACGAGGGCAGCAAGGGUUAUUCGUGCUGCAAGAGGAGGGUGCUGGAGUUUGACCAGUUCAUGAAGAUCGAAGGCUGCAACACCAAGGACAGACAUCUCUUUGUUGGCAGCGGAAAGAAGGACAAGGCCGAUUCCGGCAACGAAGAGAUCCUGACCACAGUCCGGCACGACUUCUACCAGACCCCCACGCAGGUCAUUGCGUCACUUUUCUUGAAGAAGAUCAAAAAGGAAAUAGCAAAGGUCGACUUCAAGGCGAAGGAGAUUGACCUGGACCUUACGACUAGCGACCCAACCCCGAAGAGAUACACGACGACUGUGCCGCUGUUUGCGGAAAUUGAUACGGAAAAGUCAUCUUUCAAGAUCCUCGGCACGAAACUGGAGUUGACGCUCGUCAAGGCUGACGGAUCUUCUUGGCCAGUUUUGCGAAGCGAUGAGCAACUGACGGGCGAGAUUCUUCAAAUUGGCCGGGCGGGCAAGGUCUAG